GUGCAAUUAGAUUGGCACUGGUCUGUAUUGCACUAGACCGAACAUGGACUAGUACAGUGGUAACGCGUUCCUUUCAUCAAUACUUAUUGGUCUGGUUUGCAAUUCGCACACAAUAUCGAGGCUAGGCUCGGCGAUUCAGGUUCUUCUCUGAGUAUACAAAGCAACGCUUCCAUUUAUUAUCCACAAUAUUUUCUUGAGAUUUAAAUCCGCACUUAUCAUGUAUCUCUCCCUCCGUCAACUUUCUAACGCUUUCUUAGCACUAGGAGUACUUAUAACAAGCUGCAAGGCUACCUCCUUCAACCCGAGAGGAUAUCAAGCAAGUCUAGCAACAUGCAAAGCUGUCAACCGAAUUUCAGGAAAAGAAGUAGAUAUCACACUUAAAUAUGUGGAUAUCAACCCUGAUGCCAAACCUACCAUCCUUAUGCUACACGGCUGGCCUAGCCUUUGGAGCUCUUGGUCAUAUCAGAUACAAGAAUUCCAGAAUGACUACCAUCUCAUCGCAAUGGACUUGCGGGGCUUUGGAGAAUCGACGUCGCCGGGCGAUGUUCAAUCCUCUAACAAUUUAGCAGAUAUUGCAUCUGACCUUGCGUGUGUUUUAGAGCACGCGAAAGUAGAUUCAGCCAUAUGUCUCGGGCAUGAUUGGGGUGCAGAAGUAUGCUACGAAGCGGCUCGGAGAAGGCCUGAUAUCUUCGAGGGCGUUGUAGGCAUCACUGUUCCGUACCUCCAUUCCGCAGGUCCUUUUGUGGACAACACUCAGCUCAUGCAAACCAUGCCUCGCUUGGCAUAUCAAAUCUUCUUUGAAAACCAUACGACCGAAGCUAUAUCUGAGCUUAACAAGGAUAUUAGAAGGAGCUUACGGGCGACACUCCGAACAGUUGCUAGUCCACCACCAGACAAUUUCCUGACCAACACCACCAGUUACAUGGGCGCCUGGAGUACAUUGGACGAGAUACCUCCUAUUCCUUUCUUCACGCCAGAAGAAGAAGACUACCUUGUAGAGCAGUUUAGUAUACAGAAAUUUGACAACACUUUGAUAUUCUACACCCAUGGAGAUCGUUAUGGUACAUGGAAGGCUGCCCAAGAGCAAGGGAAUUUUUCUAUCCCUCAACCUGCUCUCUCUAUCCUUCCCUUGAACGAUCCCGUGGCAGAUUGGGUUUUCGCUGCAAAAUAUCUGAAGUCGGCGAGUUUUCUUCCACAAUUAACGACUAAGACAAUGAGCGGUGCCCACUGGCCUCAUCUCGAGAACCCUGAUGCCUUCAAUUCUAUCCUGCGGGACUGGUUGAACAAGAAUACCAAGAAAAGCGGUCCUACACUCUUCACCCAAGCUGCAGAUGAACUAUAAAAUAUUAGCCUGUCCUUCUUACUGUUUGUUUUAGAAUUCCUGCACUGUAAUCAUUGACUCUUGACUCUUAUACGUCGUUAUAUUCUAUAUAGUGCAAUGGAACAAUUAUCGGAUGCUU